AUGGUAGAAGUAUCACAAACAACGGCCCCCAGUCCGCGGCAGACUUUAAAUAGUCAGGGGGUGCGAAGAAUACCCGCGAGGAAUAAUGCUAGGACCCACCCGAAAGUGGAAAACAAUCGAGUUGUAGACUCGGAAAUGGAACGCCACGAAAUAGACAUACUAGGCCUCAGUGAAGUUAAAUGGCCGAACAGUGGCCAAUGCACGACCGAAAAAGCAACACUCUACUAUUCCGGAAACAAUCAUAACAAUCACUGCAACGGAGUAGGUUUUAUAGUACACAAAAAUAUCAGGAAGUCCGUAAAAAACUCCAUAGCCCACUCGGAUAGGGCAGCUCUCAUACGGCUGAAAGCUGCCCCAGUUGACAUUAAUAUCAUACAGGUAUAUGCCCCAACACUGGAUAAACCGGACACCGAAAUGGCACAACUCUAUAAGGAAAUAAAAGAACUGAUGAAGCUAGCCGGAAAGAAGGAAGUUCUCAUCAUCAUGGGCGACUUUAAUGCCAAGAUUGGUCGAGGUCGAGUGGACAGUGUGGUCGGAGAUUUCGGUCUCGGAGACCGCAACAAAAGAGGCGAUACCUUGAAAAUAAGACGGCCACAUAAGAAGAAGAUAGACAUAAACAACAUUAAGAGGCCCGAGAUAAGGACGGAGGUACACCAGAGGAUAAACAGAGCAGUCAGCUUAGUAAGAAACUCGCCUCAUCAACCAGCGGAUGUGGAAGUUGUCUGGAAUCGACUGAAGGACGCGAUAACCACCACCACAAAUGAUAUAGUGGGACCACCUAUCAACAAGAGAAGGGAAUGGAUGACCUACGAGAUCCUUGGGCUGAUGUCUGAACGCCGUUCAUAUAAGAAUAAAGAUCAAAUCAGAUACAGGGAGCUUGACAGACGAGUUAAAAAAGAGAUACGCAAGGCCAAAGAACAAUGGCUGCAAGAAAGGUGCGAAGAAAUGGAAGAAUUAGAGAGAAAACAUGAUCACUUUAACAUGCAUAAACUUCUCAAGAAUACCACGCGCUGUUCAAGACCCUGUAAGACAAACAACAUCCUCGACGAUAAUAACAACAUCAUUACCGACACGGAAAAACUGCUAAAUCACUGGAAGGACUAUACCGAACUACUCUUCCGGGAUAAUAACCAAAGAGCUUUUAUAGACACCGCGACGGGAGAUAAUUCCCCCGAAAUUUUAAAAUCCGAAGUCCUAAAAGUUAUAAAACAAGGAAAGCAGAGAAAAGCAGCGGGACCGGACGAUAUCUAUAUGGAAUCGGUGAAGCUGUUGGAUGACGAGAAUAUUGAGAUCCUAGUGCAACUGUUUAACACAAUAUACAGUACAGGCCAAAUACCACAAGACUGGCUACAAUCAGUCUUUGUGCCUAUACCAAAAAAGCCUAACCCUAAUCGAUGCGACCAGUUCCGAAUGAUCAGCUUGAUGAACCAGGUCCUAAAGCUUUUCAUUAAAAUAAUCCAUAGAAGAAUUUAUGGCAAAUGUGAAAAAGAAAUCGGGCCCACCCAAUUCGGAUUCAGGCAGGGAUUCGGCACACGAGAAGCACUCUUCAGCUUGAACAUCUUACUCCAAAAAUGCCGAGAUCAAACGAAAAGACAACUAAUGAGUCUACUGCAGGAGAAAAGAGUGGAUAAGGGCGAUCUUUCUUUUAUAAAGAACCUGUACUGGAACCAGACAGCCUCUGUAAGGGUGGGAAAUGAAACCACGCAAAGUUUCCCGAUAGAGAGAGGCGUAAGGCAAGGAUGCGUCUUGUCUCCUCUUCUUUUUAACUUAUACUCCGAUUCCGUAUUUGACCGAGCACUUUUUGAGACGGAUGAUGGCAUAAAGAUCAAUGGUCUCCCAGUCAACAACCUCCGCUACGCAGAUGAUACCGUAAUUAUUGCUGAAAGUCAAGAAGCACUACAACGCCUUGUCGAUAGAAUAUCUGCGACGGGAGAACGCUCGGGCCUAAAAAUUAACGUUGAAAAAACUAAGGUCAUGGUCAUAAGCAGAACACCAGAUGUGCGUUUGGACGUCUCGACUGGAGGAAAACGGAUACAGCGGGUCUCUAAAUUUAAGUAUCUUGGUAGCUGGAUAACCGAGGACCUAGACCCAGAUAUGGAAAUUCGUGGUAGAAUCGAACAAGCUAGGGCGACGUUUAUAAAAAUGAAACCCAUACUGACCAACCGGAGUCUUCGUUUGAGACUACGCUACCGCUUCAUAAAGUGCUACGUGUACUCGGUGUUACUUUAUGGCGUCGAGGUCUGGACCCUUAAGGCUGGCACUAUGAAUCGAGUGGAAGCAUUCGAGAUGUGGGUAUUUAGGAGAAUGCUCAAAAUCGCAUGGACAGAUCACACCACCAACGACGAAGUCCUGAGGCGCAUGGGGAUGGAGAGAGAGUUGUUGCAACUGGUUAAACGAAGGAAAGCAGCUUACCUGGGCCACAUCUUCAGAAAUACAAAGUACCAAUUCCUUAAGCUCAUCAUGGAGGGAAAAAUAGAAGGAAAGCGAGGUAUCGGUAGAAAGAAGAAUUCAUGGCUCAAAAACAUUAGGGACUGGACCGGUCUUGAUGCCCACACACUUUUUAGAGCCGCAAAGGAUCGCGAAGAAUUUGCCAGAAUUGUCGCCAACAUCCAGUGA